GUAAAUAAUUUAAAUAAUUCAAUGUAUAUACUCUGAUGAUUAACUUGGGUGAUGACUGUUUUAUGCUGAUAGUAUAUAUUUGUAUUAUGAAUUGAUUAACGUGGACCCCGGCUUAAACAAGUUGAAAAACUUAUUCUUAUGUUACCAUUUAGUUAGACUUAGACUUCCUUUUUAUUGUCAUUCAAAUUGGAACUUUACAACACAGAUAAGAACGAAAUUUCGUUACAUAAACUCAUGGUAGUGCAGGAUAAAAAAGCAAUACGGUGCAUAUGUAAAUAAAUAAAUACAUAUAAAUAUUAUACAAAUAUAUAUAUAAAAUAAAUAAAUAUAUGCAAAUAUAUAUAUAAAAAAUAAAUAGAUUACUGUACAGAUAAAUAUAUUGCACUUUUUCACAUGCGUUCACGUUUAUGGAUGUAUGUUAUAUUGUCUUUUUUAUUCCAGCGAGUUAAUCCAUUUUUGGGGGUAGUUGAGGGGAUAAUUUAGUUAUGAUGCGUUCAAGAGUCUUACGGCUUGAGGGAAGAAACUGUUAGUGGUCAAUUGUACGGAAUAUGUACUGAACUGUGCAAUCUACUAAUAAAAGUCUCAAUCAAUCAAUCAAUGAAACGGCUUCAUUUUAGCGUCUCUGCUGACAUCUUGUGGACAAAGAGAGUAAAGCACCAUUCUUUGUUACUUCCCACUAUCGUAUGUACGGUAAUAGAUGCGCACUUAAAUCCCGUUAACGGAUGAUCAUAGUGAUGACAAAUGAAGCCACGUGCAGUUUGAAUGGCUUUUAAUAUUCCGUUUGCACAUAUUCACCGGAAGUUGCAAGCCAAAUCCAAACCUAUGCAGCCCUGCACCAGACAAGGAUGAUGAUGCUGAUGAUGCUGAUGAUGAUGAUGAUGGUGCUGAUGAGGGGACCGGGCAGAGCAGACCGGUAGGGCUCAUUCCUUCAUUUGCCUUCAACGCGGCAUCAACAAAACCCCUUGCACCCUACACACGCCCCCGCCGCCGCCGCCCCCCCAUACACCCCCCCACCCCCACCCUUCCUCCCUCUCUCCCCGCCUGCAGCCCUGCAGGACACACGAACGGAUCACAAGCCCACCGAAGCCUGAUCCCGAUGCAUUAUUUACGCGCCAAACUUCAGCAACUCAUCCACCGGAUAUGGCUGCCGGUCUGAAGAAGAGGAGGAGGCGGAGGAGGAGGAGGUGUCGGUCGGGGCAAGCCGGGAGAGGGGACCCUCAUGCGGCCACUGGGUGUUCGCUGCACCCGGGGAGAGAUGCUGGAGGAGGAGGAGGCAGCAGAGCGCUGGGCAUGCCUGCAAAGUGUGUCCUGUCUGCGGGGAUGUUUUUACUCCUGCUCCGGUGCUCUUUGGCCGCAGAGGGAAAAAACACCUACGAUGCCUCCGGCUCCCCCUCAAGCGACCUGGCUGCUCCUGCUCAUCCAUCGGCUGACCAGUCAUCAACACAGCGUGUUACUUCAGCGGUCCUUUAUUCAGAUGGUGGCUCAGCUUCUGAGGGAGAAGGUCUAUCGGGCCAGCCUGCCUUUUUGUCUGUCUUAACCGUCAUGGCGGGAACUGUCAAACACCCAGAGAGCCUUGCUCACAACCGAACCUCCACGCCUCUCUCCAGUGACAACACCACCCAAUGGCCUUCACACAGUUCCAGCCAAGGCUCAGAAACGGCAUCUUCAUCGUCCUCUCUGGGGGGCAAUAGGACCCAACAGGGGAGCUCAUCAGCAGAGACGGUUAAGUUAACAGCUGCAACAUCCGGAGUGUCUGAGCCUGCUGUCCACAAAGAGUCCAGACUCAACCUUUCCCAAUCGGUCGCAAUGAUUCCUCUUCCUGGGCCCACUGAGAGGACAUCUCAGGUAUCGCCACUGACUGCUCAGCAGGACACCACAACAGCUUCCCUGAAGCUCACCACCACCACCACCACCACCGUGACUUCAAGCACCACUACGAGUAAACCCCAUAGUUCAACGCCUUCACAGUCGACCACCGUGACCACCAGGAAAACAGCCACCACCGCAACCAUGAGGGCUCCAACUAGCAGGCGUCUUUUCCCACCACCCGUCCUUAGAACGAGCCCUCCGAGAGGGACCACGACGGUCUUUAUUUCCCCUUUUACCACCACAACUGAGGCUCCACCUCAGCAGUGCAACAUCACUGAGAGAAUGUGGGUGAGAACAGUUGUAUCCAUCUACGUGAGAAGGAACAGGCUGGACAGCAUCCAGAGGCAGAAUCUACGCAGGGGUCUUAGUCAAGGCCUGCGGAAAGCUUUAAAUGAUAGUUCAGCCCAAGCACAGGUGGAGACUGUAUUUGGUUCACCCAACAUGACGGUGGCUUAUCACGUGACUGGAAAAGACAUGGUUUACGUCCCCUCUGUGGUGCUUUCGGGCUUGGAUGCGUACGGUCGAGAUAAGCUGAUUGCAGACCUGCGACAGUACCUUCCCAUGGUUACAGCCCUGCCCAUUCCUGUUGCAGUGUGGAGAACAAACCCGGCUCUUGGUUUCCAGCUGAAAACAGUUCUGCAGUUUGUGGGAGCUACAGAUGAUCCAAGAUCCUGUCAGUUUUCCCAAAUGAUGGAGCAGAGGCUGGAGAAGGUUUUUUCGGAAGCGCAGGCCAAAGCGCUCAAUGACAACAGCAAAUUGUCUGUCCAGAUGCUGAGUGUCUCCCAAGCUGCAGGCUCUCCUGCUGUGUCGCUGGUUUACAGCGUGAAGAACGGGACUGUCUUUCUAAAUGGCACCACUGCAUCAAACCUCCUUGGUCAGCUCUCCGCUGAGCUGGUGGGCUACUUCCUCUUCUACCCGCCACUUAUCGUUGCUGAGCCACUGGAAUACCACAAUCUGAACACCUCUAUUGCCACCAGAGACUUUUGGGUUAUCACAGUAAUCCAGGAUGUGGAUAACGACAGCCUGGAGGGACUGCACCAAAGCUUUGCCAGUUUGAUGGAGCAGCGACUUGCAGAGUUGUUUGUGUUGGCAGGCCAGCAAGGCACUCGAUUCAGACGAGCGACUGCUGUAGGCAGCUACACUGUCCAGAUGGUGAGUAUGAGAAGGGUGUCAGGAUUGAAGAACCCAGCAGAGAUGACGUACUACGUGCAGCAAAAUGGCAUUCCUUUAGCGGGCACGUCAGCUGCCAAGGUCCUCAACACGGUGGAUUCUCAGACCAUGGCGCUCACCUUGGGCUACUUUGUUCAGCUGCAAGCAGAACCUGUGGUCAAGAACCCUCCCAAUAACCUUUGGAUCAUCGCCGCAGUGUUGGCGCCAAUCGCCGUGGUGACGCUCAUUAUCCUCAUCAUCACAGCCGUGCUGUGCAGAAAAAACAAGAAAGACUUUAAAGCUGAUGCCAUCGGCAACCUUAAUCCACGAGCUAAGAUGGCAUAUCGGAGGGACGUGAACUACUACCACCAGCCAGUACAAGGUUUUGACUAUGCCAAGCAACAUUUGGGCCAACAGGGAGACGAGGACCCCUUACCUGCGGGUCAGGAUACUUUAGUGAUGUCCCUACAAAUUCGUGACGCGCCACUUUCCCUGGAGAAGACCUUAAAACAAGAAGGAACCGUCACCAAAACAAAUCUCACAAGUGACAAACACAAAAGCAAGUUGUUGAGUGAGGACGGUUCCGUCAUCAGCAGCGAAUCAGAGAAGCGGAAUUCCGUCAGGGGCUUCACGGCGCCGAAAGUCACAGCGCAGCAGAAACCGACAAAGGAGGAGACGCGGAAGAGAACCGAUCAAUAUGACUCCUCUUCAGGCUCCCUGCAACUCAUUUCCAUAAAGCCAAUGACGGCUCAGCCCAAGUAUUCGCAGCAUGUAUCUUCUGACCGCAACCACGACUCCGCCAUGGUCAAUGGAGAGGUGAACCUGGCCCUCAAGCAGAGGUCGGACAUCGAGCACUAUAGGAACAAGCUGAGACUCAAGGCGAAGAAGAAGGGCUAUUAUGACUUUCCUUCCAUAGAUGGCAGCAGUUGCGGGGGACGGGGCCUCACGCAAACUGAGCGGCAGGGUCACGGGAAGGCGGAGCCAGAUGAGGAGCGGAAUUCUACUUAUGUCAAGUCUCACAUAAGGCGCUCUCAGGUAGGGCAGACAUCCUAUCGCAGCAGACAGAGCCUGAACACGCCAAGUCCCGGAGGAACUGAGAUGGAUCUCCUUGUGAUGAGGGAGAGACCUAGGAAAGGCAUCCGGAACAGCGGCUAUGAUACUGAGCCCGAGUUGAUCGAGGAGACGAACGUAGACCAUUUAAUAGACCAGAGAGGCUUCGUGUACGGCCGCGGUCUGAAAGGCCAGUCACAGACGUCCACUCUGAGCUCACAGCCGUCCAUUGAUGAAGUGCGGCAUCAGAUGCACCUGCUCCUGGAGGAGGCAUUCAGCCUGGCGUCGGGGGGACAGUCCACAUCCGGGAGGCAUUCCCACUCCCACCCUCGCCCUUCUCCGGACCAGUACAGUGCUGCUCCGCUUCCCUAUGCAGAUGUGGUGACCAGCGCUCCAGGGACUAUGAGUGGUCGUAGCGGACUGCAGUGGAGCCCAUCUUAUGGAACAGAUGUGUACCAGUGCAGUCUGCCCAAACCAGCCUUUCACUUCACCCAGCUGCCUGACAUGGCAAUUAGUUCUCCUCCCCCUUUGCCACCUCGCACCGGACCCCCUCCUGGUACCUCCUUAAGACGGUCCAUCUCGGACCUGGGCCCCAAGGGAAGGAGCUCUCAGACAUCUGUCAUUGAAAUGCAGAGUCCACAUGACAACAACCCUUAUGGGCCCAGCUCCAGGGCAGCACUUCCAUCCAUCACUGUACAGAAGCCUGUGUCCAACUACUCAGGAAACCCAAUAACAGCCGUCUAUUCUAUCCCAGCCAGCAGGACCGGCUACUCGGACUAUUACGUCUCCACCUCGCCCACUUCCUACCACAGUCCCUCCUGGAUGUCUUAUCCUCCUGAACCUGAAGAUGUGCCACCUCAGUGGGCAGACUCACUGCCCUUGCCAGGAUAUGUCGAGGCUUUUCCUCACCCUCGCUACCCACAGGGGAGCCCCUCCUUGCUCCCCCUACAGUACACUCAGACUCUGGACCAACAACCUGCCGUCCAGAGCACAACGUCCCAGAAAAUCCUGCCGCAGGUUGGGAAGGACACGGACAGCGUUCCCUUGAGCAAUCUCUCCACCUCUGCACUCGUGAACGCCAUUCGGCAAGAGGUGGCCAAGCUGGCCAAGAAGCAAAGCGAGAUGUUUGAUUUCUAGUCUGGAUUGUGUGCAGGAGUUGACAACAAACUGAUUUGUGAUGUUUUUACUGUAAUAUUACCAGAUCUUAUUUACUCAUUGACUGGUUGAUUUAUUUUUUAUUAUACCUGUCAGCUGCUGACAUAAAACAACAAAACAAUUGUUGUUUUUUGGGAGGAGAUUAAUGCAAUUGCUGUCCCUUAAUGACUGCACACAUGUAGAUAGUACGGGAAUAUUAUAGAAAACAUUUGAAAUGAGUCGAAUAACUAUUUUUACCAAAAGGACCAAACACUUCCUGACAAGCAUGCAAGAUGGUAUUUGAUCUUGUUUUUUUUAUCGUGGUCUCACAAAAUCCUAGCCAACUUCCUCAUCAAACUCAACAAUUCCAGUAGUUUUAAUUGUGUUUUUUUUAUUAUCAGGCUCGGACCACCAUAAAAACCCUCGCUGAAGAACAAAAGACAUUAAAUCAGUACGCACAUUUAGCCAUUCAUCUCAGUGCAAGAGACACUCAUACUUCACUUUGGGAUAAAAGCCGUCCCAGACUGUGAUAAAGCCAAUUGUUAAUGCAGGAUUGCUGUCUGGCCGAGUGCAAAUAAGUGCAUGGAGUUUUAUGGCGGGGAUGCUGCAUAAACAUCCACAUGCUGCAGACUGACUCUUGGUUAUGAAAUAUUACAGAUAUAAAGUUAGGGUCCCAUUCUCAAAAGCAAUGUUUAAUAAUUAACGAAUGCUGCUUGCAUUCCCACAAGAUCUCCUGUACUAUAAUCAUGUUUGAGGGCAGAAACAAUGACUCACGAUGGCGAUGUAAUGAGCAAAGUUUUUUUUUUUUUUUUAAAGCUGGUCACUGGUUGAGACACAAAGAAGUAAAUGAACAUGAGCUAAACACUGUAAAACUAAUGUCUUUUUGUCUUCCAUGAAUGGUUUCCUAAGUUCCAAUUUAUCUGCUCAUUAGGUCGGGAGACUGGGACAAGCCAAGAGUGAAAGAACUAAUAGCCUACAUGAUUAAACUGAAAUAAAAGAUUUUUUA